GGGGCGACAGCGGCCGCGGCGGCGGCUGCCGGGCCGGGCCGGACGGCGCCUGCGUACUGAGGCGGGACGCGGCCCGGCUGGCUGGCUCCGGCGGCUGCUGGGCUGGGGCCGCGGUGGCGGCAGCCGCGGCGACGGGCGGCAGUUGCUUGUGCGCGGCGGCGGCGGCGGGUCCCGCGGGCGGCGGGGCGCUGACGGCCAGGGGCGCGGCGGCUGCGGCGGGCCGGGCGGCGGGCGGCGAGCGGGGGAAGAUGGCGGAGCUGGGGAAGAAGUACUGCGUGUACUGCCUGGCCGAGGUGAGCCCGCUGCGCUUCCGCUGCACCGAGUGCCAGGACAUCGAGCUGUGCCCCGAGUGCUUUUCGGCCGGCGCCGAGAUCGGCCACCACCGCCGCUACCACGGCUACCAGCUGGUGGACGGCGGGCGCUUCACGCUCUGGGGGCCCGAGGCCGAGGGCGGCUGGACCAGUCGCGAGGAGCAGCUGCUGCUGGACGCCAUCGAGCAGUUCGGCUUCGGAAACUGGGAAGAUAUGGCUGCACACGUCGGUGCUUCCCGGACUCCCCAAGAGGUGAUGGAGCAUUACGUGAGCAUGUACAUCCACGGGAACCUGGGGAAGGCCUGCAUCCCUGACACCAUCCCCAACCGUGUGACAGACCACACCUGUCCCAGCGGAGGCCCCCUCUCACCCAGCCUCACCACCCCGCUGCCUCCACUGGACAUCUCCGUGGCGGAGCAGCAGCAGCUGGGCUACAUGCCGCUGCGGGACGACUACGAGAUCGAGUACGACCAGGAUGCCGAGACGCUCAUUAGCGGGCUCUCUGUGAACUAUGACGACGACGACGUGGAGAUCGAGCUGAAGCGCGCCCACGUGGACAUGUACGUGCGGAAGCUGAAAGAGAGACAGCGGCGGAAGAACAUCGCCCGAGACUACAAUCUAGUGCCAGCCUUCCUGGGGAAGGACAAGAAGGAGAAGGAAAAGGCGCUGAAGCGCAAGAUCACCAAGGAGGAGAAGGAGCUGCGCCUGAAGCUGAGGCCGCUGUACCAGUUCAUGUCAUGCAAGGAGUUUGAUGACCUUUUUGAAAACAUGCACAAAGAAAAAAUGCUCCGGGCCAAGAUCCGAGAACUGCAGCGGUACCGGCGAAACGGGAUCACCAAGAUGGAAGAGUCGGCAGAGUACGAGGCAGCGCGGCAUAAACGGGAGAAGAGGAAGGAGAACAAAAACCUAGCGGGCUCCAAACGGGGAAAGGAGGACGGCAAAGACGGCGAGUUCGCCGCCAUUGAGAACCUUCCGGGCUUCGAGCUCCUGUCGGAUCGCGAGAAGGUGCUCUGCAGCUCUUUAAACUUGAGUCCAGCCCGCUACGUGACUGUGAAGACUAUUAUAAUUAAAGACCACCUCCAGAAGCGGCAAGGAAUCCCCUCGAAAAGCCGCCUUCCUAGCUACCUGGACAAAGUCCUAAAGAAAAGGAUUUUGAAUUUCCUCACAGAAAGCGGCUGGAUCUCCAGGGACGCGUCUUGAAGCUGAGACGCUGUGAAAGCCAGAGUGAUGCUCAGACGGCGCGCCAGCCACAAUGACUUGGUGGAGGGGAGCCACUUCCCCAUUGUUGCUCUUUUUUAAACAAAUGGAGUUCCUUUUUUUUAAGACAAAUUCUUUUCAUGGUCCUCUGAAAGAAGCAAUAGUAACAAUCUUAUCUUGGAUCAUGGGGGAGGCAAAUGUGUCUAUUUUAACUUAGUUCUGCAAGUCGUACACUGAGAUGAUGCUCUGCCUUUACCUGUUCAGUUCGGAGCUUAUUGUUAGAUUGGAUAAUUUCCUUUUGACUGUUCUUCCCUUUGGUACAAAAGCUAUUGUGGGUGACAGGAGCAGUGUUUUCCUGCUGGACCGACAAGCCACCAGCUAUUUUCUGGUGAUGCAAGCUCUUCUCAGGCGGGGCUGCCUGCAGGCUCCCCUUUUCUGAGCCCACGCUGCCCACAGCUGACCCCAGCGCAGCCCCGGGCACGCGGCACUUUACAUGGGGGCAGCUUGGGCCCAGACUCCUCCGCCUUGUAGCAGAUGAGGAAAAUCAGGCCAGAGGACAAUAGGCUGGCAUUUUGUUGGGAACUGAAGAGGAAUCUGUUGAACACAGCAACCAGAUGACCUUCCAUUUUACUAGCGGCAGCAGUUUCAGCCUGCAGUUCCCAAACCCCAAAGCUGACCCUGCGCCUCAUUUGAAUACGGCCAGAGCCUGCUGGUUCACUUUGGGUAGAGCCGUGCCCCUUGGGCAGGCUCCCAUAGUGGCCACGUCCCCACGAAUGGGAAAGCACGUUAGUGGGAGGGACGUAGGACACGUGUGGCCCGCCAGGCCCUCUCAACCCAUUUCCUGGGGCUGCUCGGUGCUGCUGUUAGAUGUGCAGUGCAUUUCACUUGGAAGAACCCAUUGUAUAAAGUUCAAGGCUAAGAGUUCUGAAUUCUGGCGUCAGCUUCCUCAGGAUUUUCUUCAGUUGCAAGUACCUUUCCACUGAAAAUGUGAGCAUGCCUGCCUGGCUAGGCAUCUUUAAGAGUGUCGUCAGGCCCGUGACAGCUGAGGCGUCAGACUAGCCAGGCGAGAGCCGUCUGACUGGUUGGUUGGCGGUGGUUCUGGCUGAGCACGAGGGAGCCCGGGUGGUGUCCCUGAGCCUCGAGCUGCUCCCUGUUCACUGUCUUGAAUCAGACUCAGAAAUGGCUUCUUCACAGCCCUGCCUACAAGUUUUUCUCUGGGACCCUCUUUCAAGGAUGUCCACGGUACCUUCCUCCUGAAACUUGAGGAAGUCUUUUGUCUUCCAGCUGCUCAGGGUUCUCCGGUCCAAGACCCUGCUUUAAAAAGAGUCUGUGGAGUGCUCAGACUCCAGCGCUCCAUUCUUCAAGGAGGUUGACUUGCCUCUCGGGCCCCAUAGGUACCAAGAGACUGUUUACCUCCCAGAAUGUUUGGGCUUGAAGUUACAUUAAAGUGAAGUUAUUUGAAAGAAAGAAAACCUCAUCAUUUCUAAGGAUGACUUAAUUACUGUGCCUUUUCCUUUCUUUUUACACAUCCUUCUGUCCCUUAGGGUAAAAUUUUCAGCAUUAAAUAAAACAUUUCAAAUAUAUUGUAUAUGGCUUUAGUUGUAAACUAUACUGCAUGCUGACAGAGAAGUGCUCUUUUAGCUAAGCCCAGAACUUCUCUUUUGACAAUAAAGUACUGAGCAGUGGUAUCAUGAGGGCCAGCUCCACAUUGUCCCCUGCAGAAUAAAUGCUGAUGACAGAAAGCUGAUGCUACCACUGAACAGUGAUGGAGAUGGUGCUAAGUUUUUACAGUUGUCUUAGCCCCAGUGGUCCUCAAAGUGGGGUUCCUGGCCCAGCAGCAGCAUCCCCUAGGAACCUGUUAGAAUGCAGAUGCACAGGCCCCACCUGGCCUCAUGCAUCAAAGUGGUGUGUGGCGGGGUGCAGCAAGCUGUUUUCACAAGCCCUCCAGGUGACUGGAUGGAAGCUUGCUUGAGAACCAUGGGUUUUAGCUAUUCUGGUGUCUCCCUGAUUUUCGACAACACCAGGAUCCUAGUUUGGUGAGGUUUUAAAUUUAAUCUUAUUUUUAUAUAAAAUGAUUGCCAGACGUAUUAUAUUAAGCUUGAAGAAGCAGAAGAUCCCUGUUAAUGUGUAUGGCCCAGGCCAAGAGCUGUCAAAUGAAAAACUGUGCUUUAGCAGGUUUUUAGUAUGUGUAUCUUUUUGAUGGUAUGAAGAAUUUAUUUAGGCUUGACUGUUUUAAAACACCAUAAUGAAUGUAUAAUUAAUUUAUGUUAAAGUAACAACCCUUUGUCACAAGGGAAUGGUAAUGUUGUGAUUGGCUGCCUCUUAGCCCAUCGACUAUUCCCAUCAUGGUAGUCCUUAGCUCUGUCGGCAGCUCAGAGCCUCCACAUUUUUAUAUUUUAAUUCUCAUGGUAAAUGAGCCACCAUAAUCCCAUGGAAUUAGGUCUUGUUAAAAUCUAGGCCAGGUGCAGUGGCUCACACCUGUAAUCCCAGCACUUUGGGAGGCCGAGGCGGGCUGAUCACAAGGUGAAGAGAUCAAGACCAUCCUGGCCAACAUGGUGAAAUCCUGUCUCUACUAAAAAUACAAAAAUUAGCUGGGUGUGGUGGUGCACGCCUGUAGUCCAAGCUACUUGGGAGGCUGAGGUAGGAGAAUUGCUUGAACCCAGGAGGCAGAGGUUGCAGUGAGCUGAGAUCGCACCACUACAGCCUGGUGACAGAGCGAGACUCCAUCUCAAAAAAAAAAAAAAAAAAAAAAUUUAAGCAAACUAUCUUUUGAGUCAAAAAAGUUGGAUAACUCAUCUAUUUUAAAUAAUGCUGUCUGAAUGGCCAACAUCCCAAGAAUGUAUUAAAAACAGCAACCCUGCCUACCGUUUUGAUGACCUUUUUCCAUAUUAAACACGUUGAGAACAAAA